UAUAUCUUUAUAUCUUUAUAUCUUUAUAUCUUUACAUAAGUCAACAUAUAUCAUCGCGCUUUCCUGCAUAAAGCUUGCAGUUGUUGUCUUUUGACGUUACAGUUACGACGCAUACGUCGGCCAAGAACCGUCUGCCCUGUCCAACUGUCUGUCUGCGCCUUCCUUCUUUCAAAUCAUUCCGUACAACAGAGCUACACAAGAUGGCUACCAACAUGAAUAACCUGACAACUCUCGUUAAGAGGUUGGAAGCUGCGACAUCUAGGUUGGAGGAUUUGGUGACACCGGCCUUCGAGGACCUAGCAUCGUUGUCAACACCAAAAGAAAACGGCGACGAUUCCACAACCACUCGAACCCCCGAUGCGUCGGGGAGCAAGAGGCCCGCAGCUGGUGCUGCUGCUGCUGCUGCUCCGGCUCCGGUAGUCGCCGCUGCCGCAGCGAAUACUACUUCUCCACCCAAGCCAGCGCAUGACCCAGUGCCUGAGUCGGUGGAGGACUUUGAUACCUUCCUAGACACUUCGGUCAAGAAGUAUGUCGACCUCAGUAAUGAAAUAGGCGGCGCUAUUGCGGCUCAGGCGGCACGAGUCGCAAAGGUCUUCCAGAAUGAGCGCACGCUGCUCUUCAUCUCCACAAUGUCGAAGAAACCCGACUCGGCUGGGAGCGAGUAUAUGGAGCUCCUCAAGCCUCUUCAGCAAGAGAUUAGAACGGUUGUCGAUGUAAAGGAUGCGAACCGUGGCUCGGAACUCUCGAACCAGCUCAGUGCUGUUGCUGAGAGUAUAGGGGUCAUCGCUUGGGUCACAAUUGACAACAAGCCGUUCAAGCAUGUUGAUGAGAGCUUGGGGUCCGCUCAGUACUUUGGAAACAGAGUCCUGAAAGAGUUUAAAGACAAGGACCCGCAACAAGUUCAAUGGAUCCAAUCUUACUAUCAAAUAUUCAAGGACCUGAGCGCAUAUGUCAAGUCCACCUUCCCCCACGGAUUGACGUGGAAUGCGAACGGUGUCAGCCCGAAGGAGGCCAUGAAGACUGUUAGCUCGAGGGAGUCGACUCCUAGCCAGACUCCAGCGUCAUCUCCCUCUUCGUCUCAAGCGUCGUCUGCAGCUUCAGGAGGACCGCCACCACCCCCUCCACCUCCACCAGGCCCAGCGCCAAAAUUCGAUAUCAAAGAGGCAGCGAAACCUGCAGCUGCUGUAGAGGGAAUUGGCGCGGUUUUCUCCGAACUGAACAAGGGCGAUUCAGUGACUAAGGGUCUUAAGAAAGUAAGCGCGAACGAAAUGACACAUAAGAACCCGUCGCUGCGUGCUAGCUCCAUCGUCCCAGACCGGAGCGAGAGUAGCCUGAGCCCUACGUCGUCCAUCGCGCGCAACAAGAGCCCUGCGCCACGUAAGACUCCAAAGCCAGAGUCGCUGAGAACCAAGAAGCCCCCGAAGAAGGAGCUCGAUGGGAACAAGUGGAUUAUCGAGCACUUCGAUAACGAACCUGAGAUGAUUGAGAUUGAAGCUUCCAUCUCUCAAUCCAUCCUCAUCAGCAGGUGCAGCAAGACCACUAUUAGAAUCAAUGGAAAGGCCAAUGCCAUUUCGAUUGACAACUGUCCCCGCCUGUCUCUCAUCAUCGACUCUCUCGUCUCGUCCGUUGACGUUGUUAAGUCCUCCAACUUCGCAUUGCAGGUUAUUGGCACACUGCCAACUAUUCUUCUCGACCAGGUCGACGGCGCCCAGAUGUACCUGGGCAAGGAUAGCAUGAAAACGGAGGUCUUUUCUAGCAAGUCCUCGAGUGUUAACCUGAAUAUCAUUGAGGGCGAAGAGGGCGACUUCAAAGAGGUCGCGCUACCGGAGCAGAUCCGCACCUAUAUUAAUGAGAAAGGCCAGCUUAUUAGUGAGAUUGUAGAGCAUGCCGGUUAGAUAGGUUUUCUCGGCGGAUUUUGUUUAUAUUUGUAUCGAUAGGUGUGCCUCUCUGUUGAUACCAGGGUUGCAUGGGGUUGUUGUAGAGCGUGACAGUCACAUAGCUUUAGCAAUUGAAGUAUCU